AUGCGGCGCAACUUUUUUAACAUCUACGAGGAGGUCAGCGAUGGAGACAAUCCGUCGGCCACGGGCCAGAGCGCGACGGUCGCACGAGGCGAGCCGGCGACGUCGCAAACCCGAGCAUACGAUAAGAGUUUGCAGCCGUCAGCGACUACGGCGGCGGCGGGUCUGUGCGGGUACCCCGCCACAUCGACCCCCACACCUACCACCUCUCUCAUUCGCUCGCAGGAUGCCGUCAGGGGAUCAGCGUAUUCCGGGCACGCCGCAAGGCCGUGGCCGCACACACCCACCACAACACUUAAGCACAGUGGUGUGGAAGCCGAGUCCAACGCGGCCCCAUCUCGUGGCGGGGGGGUGGUGAACCGGACCUUGUUCGCUUCGCCGCCCAGGAUGCGUCCUUCUCAAACUGCCGGCUCGCCUUCUAACCUUAUCCCUGCCACGCCCUUGCUAGCACCAUCACCGCAGGUACAAGAACGUGGUCCGGGCGGAGGGGGUGUUUUGCCGGGCAUGAUUCCCACGCCCUUUCUGGCCACGUGCGAGGACACACAACCCAGUGUCCGUGGAGCGGAACACGAAGACGGCGGCGAUGGUCGUGGAGCCGACGUCGCCGCGCGGGCGAUGGAGCAAAUUAAGCUGCUUUGGGCGGAGAUUCAGGCGGCUCGUGGGACAGUGGGUCCAUCGACUGCGGCACAUGGGAGCACGCCGAACUACACCCUUCCCGAAGACCUGCAUGCCGCUCUCGCGGGAAUGGAGGUCGUUGCGGCGGAUGAGUCGGGCAAAGGAGGCGGAGCCGAUACGCGAGCCGUGGCAGCACAGCCGCCGGUGUGGAGGACGAACUCCAGGCCGGUGGAUGCACCCCAACAGAGUGGGGCGCGGAGGGACGCAUCCGCGGCAACGCAGGCACCAAAACGGGCCGGCCGAGCUGUGCCAGAGUUAGCCCCGGUGGCAGAGGCAUUUGCGCGGCCACACCGCGGAUUCGCCAUGAACCGACUGUCGGGCGCUGGGAGGCUGGCGGUCGUGGGGAACUACGGGGCUCCACGGGUGGGCGGCGUUGACGUCGGGACAGAGACGGGGAUGGCCGCGGGUGGCGUAGCGCUCGAUGAUGUUGCGUGGGAUCGUCACGCGCCUGGCACGCAUGGAAGGGGGUUGAAGCGUGAGCGGCCGAAGAUGACGAUCGUCGUCGACUACAACCCAAACGAUGCCUAG